AUGUCUCCACAGGCGAGAUUUGAAGAUGGCAAAGACAUCCACAGGCUCAAUAGUUUACCAGAUGAAAUUAUUUGUCACAUCAUCUCAUUUCUUCCUCUACAAGAAAUGAUCCGGACAUCUAUCUUAUCACGAAGGUGGAGGUAUCUUUUCGCUCAGACUUCUAGUCUUACCAUUGAUGAUAAUGACGAAAGUCCAUCAGAUUAUGUUAAUUUUAGAUUCUUACUCUUCAAUCUCGCGAACAGAGUGUUGUUUGCCCGUAGUAGGGAUACCAUAGAUAAAUUCUGUCUUAAAUUCAGACAAUAUGUUGAUAUUUACCACCAGAUUGAUGGGUGGUUAUAUUAUGCAUUGCGGUAUGGUGUUCAAGAGCUUGAGCUUAAACUACGGAAAACAUAUGGAUUAGAUUUGCCUGGCCUGCCUAGUGCUGGUUGUUUAUUUUCUUGCAAGAUGUUGGUGAGAUUGGAAUUGAAGUUGGGGAGGAAUUUUAUCCUGGAAGUCCCUCCUACAGUUCGUCUGCCAAAGCUCAAGGUUCUCCAUCUUGAGAAGGUUGAAUUUUCAGACGGUGAAUCGGUUCAAAGGCUCUUUUCUCAGUGCAGCAUGCUUGAGGAAUUGAUUGUAAAAUAUUGUGUAUGGGAAGAUGUAAACAAAUUCACUGUUUCUAAUCCUACACUCAAGAGACUGACUUUGAGAAGGCUAAGAUCAAUUUCUCACCAAGAACUGGAGAUUAACGCACCAAGUCUUGUCUACUUCGAGCACUUCGAUUUUGUAGCAAAAAACUACUCAUUACUAAACCUGCAGUCCCUUGUUGAAGCCCUUAUUGAUGUUGAACCAGAAAUCUUUCGCUUCUUUUAUCCUACUCCUUCAACAGAUCUCCUGAGAGGGAUUAAAGCAGGCCUCCUGAGAGGGAUUAGUAACAUUAAGUCACUUCAUUUAGGUUGUAAUUUUUCAAAUGCUUAUGGAGGUCGUCGGAUUCCCAAGUUGGACUUCAUCGGGUUCCCUUUCCCUAACUUGACCUUUCUGAAGAUAGAUACUUCCUUCUCGUGA